CCGGGAGCUGUAGUCCCUCCCCUCCGGGCUGGUCCGUAGGCGCCCGGCUCCUAGCCCGCCCGGACAUGGCGGCUCCUUUGGUGCUGGGGGUGCUGGUGGCGGUGACGGUGCGGGCCGUGCUCUACCGCUCCAGCCUGGCCGCCUUCAUCUCCGAUCGGGUCGAGGUAUCGUCCCCGUUAAGCGCCUGGAAGAGAGUGGUCGAAGGAUUAUCUUUGCUGGAUUUGGGAGUCUCUCCAUAUUCUGGAGAUAUUUUUCAUGAAACCCCAUUAAUAAUAUACCUCUUUCAUUUCCUGAUUGAAUAUGCUGAAUUGGUGUUCAUGAUAACUGAUGUACUCACUGCUGUUGCCCUCUACUUGGCCAUCCAGGACUUCAACAAAGUUGUGUUUAAAAAGCAGAAACUCCUAAUAGAACUUGAUAAAUAUGCACCAGAUGUGGCUGAACUCAUCCGGACACCCAUAGAAAUGCACUACAUCCCCCUCAAGGUAGCACUGUUUUAUCUCUUAAAUCCAUACACAGUGAUGUCUUGUGUGGCAAAGUCCACUUGUGCCAUCAACAACACCAUUAUUGCAUUCUUCAUUUUGGCUACGAUGAAAGGUAGUGCCUUCCUCAGUGCUGUAUUUCUGGCCUUAGCAACAUACCAGUCACUGUAUCCUCUCACCUUGUUUGCACCAGCACUUAUAUAUCUUCUACAGCGUCAGUUCAUACCAGUGAAACUGAAAAGCAAAGGCUUCUGGAUCUACACCACGCAAUACGCAGCAUUGUAUCUGUGCAGUCUGGUGGUGAUAAUCUGCCUCUCAUUCUUCCUCCUCAGUUCCUGGGAUUUUAUUCCAUCUGUUUAUGGGUUCAUCCUUUCCGUUCCAGAUCUGACUCCCAAUAUUGGACUUUUCUGGUACUUCUUUGCGGAGAUGUUUGAGCAUUUCAGUCUAUUCUUCAUGUGCGUAUUUCAGAUCAAUGUCUUCUUCUACACCAUUCCCUUGGCAGUGAAGCUAAAUCCUCCGGAACAUCUUCAUCCUUUCCUGCAUGCUUAUCGUCUGCUCCCUUCUGUUCCCGGUUCUGUGGCAUCUCUGGAUUUAUGCAGGAAGUGCCAAUUCCAACUUUUAUUAUGCCAUCACGCUGACGUUCAAUGUAGGGCAGAUCCUGCUCAUCUCGGAUUAUUUCUACGCUUUCCUCCGGCGAGAAUACUACCUCACUCAUGGACUCUACCUGACAAGGAAAGACGGGACAGAGGCCAUGCUGGUUCUGAAAUAAUCACUGUGUUUGGCACUCCUUGGAAAAUGGACUCCAUUAAGAAGCACGCAAAGCUUGGGGUGACUGGGGUGGGGUGGGGAGGGUUCCUUCAAAGAGGUCUGAUUGUCAGGAUGUUACCUGUUGAAAGAAAGGGCUGAAACUCACAGCUCAUUCAUUGUGACAGUGACUUCUGUGCAAAGACUGUAAGAGCUGGCUGAAAACCUGCUGCUAGGGCCAUAAGGCCUCUACUGAAGCAUCUCCCUUCUUCCUUCAGCUGUGAUUUCUACUACUGCACCAGCCAUCAUGUCUGGACAAGCUAGCAGGAACUGGAGAAAGUGCUUGGGCUGAAAUCAGGGCUGCGUCUUGGGCCCAGAGAGACCUGAGGCCAUAAUCUAUUUGAUUUAUCUUCAUCGUGUUGGAGGAAAACCAUUGGAGAUGUUUACUUCUUUCUAGAAACAAACAACACUGGAAAACUCUUAGGCUACUCUUCUGCUCCUCCAUGGCUGUGCUACACACCCACUCCUGCUUGGCACACAGCAUGCUCUGGGGAUGUAAUGAUCAAGCCACCACUGUGGUUGAUAUGGACAUUCAUUUUCCUACUCUAUGCACCAUUUCUGGAUCUGGAUAAUGCAGGGGCUCUUGCAGAGUGGAGAGCACACAGGAAGUGUAUAAGUGAUCCUGGGUAAAAACCCAGCAGCUUCCCAGUGGCAGAGGGAGAGUGACAGCUCAAGCCAAUGGGGGUCAUGUACACAAAGUCACUACGUCAGAACACAGUCCACCAGCAAGAGCUGGCAGCAGGGCCGGCCCAUCCUAUCUUGUGAAACCUACGGCUGCAGGGGGCCCUGCAGCCAAGAGGUCCCCCGAGUCCAGCCAUUCGCCACCCACCCUCCAUGUUGUUUUCCCCUCGCUGCUGCCAGCCCCUGCUUCACAUCUGCCUGCUCGCCAUGCCCCCCACGCUGCCACUGCUGGCAGAUUCACAUCUGGCCACUCACUACCCCACCCCCUAGCUGCCCAUGCCACUGCUGCCAGCUUCUUCUCUCGCUUCCUCCCCCCCCACACACACACACACACCCCAUGUCAGGGGGCCCCAAAACUAUUUCUUGCAGGGGGCCCAUAAAAUUGUGGGCUGGCCCUGGCUGGCAGUGAAUUGAAACCACACCUAGCAGCAGGAGGGAGGGCAGGGGGAGUUGUAGUUUCCAUUUACUCUAAAGGAAAAUUGGAGACUUUUCUUUGGGAAGCUGGACAGCAGCAUUGUGGGGUGCAUCAGAAGAAGGGACACGGUGGAAAUACCAUCCACUAGGAGGUGCAGAGUGUGGCUGCAUAUGGAGUGCAGACCAUGAACUCAGCAUCUGAGUCUUCUGAGAAGCUCUUUCCCACUCUCCUCUCAUCCUCUCCAUGUGUUUGGUGUUUCAAGGUUGCAUUUGUGCUCAACCCCAGGGCUUUUGGUAGAAGGGCCAGAAAGCAGGAGAGUUUUCCCCUUGAAAAAUACAAACUGAAGCUGGAAGGAGCCUCUGGCUUUUUCUGGAGAGCUCAGGCUCCAAAUGGUCCACAGCAGUUAAGCAAUGAGAGACAUUUACACCAAGUGUUAUCCCCUCUGCUAGAGCAGCAUUACAAUGUGGCUGUGCUCACAAGUGACUAUGCAAAAAUGGCAUCUCUUUGCUCCCCAGCCCUGCUCCCUUCAGUCAGAUCUGCUCGCUGUAAGGACCAAGAUAAGAUUUCGCUGCUGCUACUUGCAUGGCAAACCUGAUGCCACUGUGAGCAGCUGAGGCAGGUUUUUUCCUGGGGCUGGCACAUUGGCAAUAAGAAUGGUUAGCUGACUCCCAGGGUGAGAACCCUGCUUCCCAGGGGGAAUCUGGAAGGUUGGUAAUUAGAAGAAACCUUUUUAUAAACUUCAACUGAGCACAUUUAGUGCCCAGUGCCUAAGUCCAUAGCAUUCCUCUCCCCACCCCAGGCCAUUUUUCCAGAGUCAGUGCAGGACACGGUGUCUUCUCUCUUCUACUGUAUGUACCAUUGAGCAGCUGUUCAAAUGGCUUUGCUUUCCUUUUAUUUUUUUUUAUUUUUUAAACAAAAGUUUCAAACACUUGCCUUACUGCACUGGGGGGCGGGUUUGGCACAACACUCCUGCCUGGGGUCCUCGUGAUCAGACCUGCAUCCCAAGCUGGGAAUGUGAAGGGCACUUGGAGCCUUGUCUCCCCUCAGCUGCCAUGUGUGUAUGGCACGUCCAAAUUAAUAAUAAACUUUGCGAGUUUUAAAUGUC